GUCCAUCCGGAGUGCGUCGCGGCCUACGUUCCUGCACUUACUCCCACGAAACGAAUCACAGCAACGAACUCGGAGUUUGGACAUUGAAUAGUGCCUAGGUACACAUGGAUGACUUCGAAAAGGGCAACCACCCCUCCUCGACCGGUGAGGCUUCCAAGCCGCCGCGUCCAGGAGAUGCAGUCUCCCUCUCAGCAGGCGACAACGCGAUCCUGCCAGAAGGCCAGAUCGACCCGGUUUACGAGAAGAAAGCACGGGUCCUGAACCGCGCUAUCCAAGAAAUCGGCAUGGGCUGGUACCAAUGGCAGCUCACAGCCGUCAUCAGCUUCGGCUGGGCGUCCGACAACCUCUGGCCCAUCGUCACCUCUCUGAUCUUCACGCCGGUCACCAACGAAUUCCUCCCCGGGCGGCCUCCCUUGCUCACGCUCAGCCAGAACAUCGGCCUGCUCGCCGGCGCGCUGUUCUGGGGCUUCGGCUGCGACGUGUUCGGCCGCCGGUGGGCCUUCAACCUGACGCUGGGCAUCACGGCCGUGUUCGGCAUGGCGGCGGCCGGGUCGCCGACCUUCGCCGCCGCCGGCGUGUUCGCCGCGCUCUGGUCGUUCGGCGUCGGCGGCAACCUGCCCGUCGACUCGGCCAUCUACCUCGAGUUCCUGCCGGCGUCGCACCAGUUCCUGCUCACCGUCCUGUCCGUCGCCUGGGCCGUCGCCCAGGUGGUCGCCACCCUCGUGGCCUGGCCGCUGCUGGGGAACCUGACGUGCCAGGAAAAGGCCGUGUGCACGCGCGAGCAGAACAUGGGGUGGCGCUGGUUCAUGAUCGUCAUGGGCGGCAUCACGGUGCUCAUGUUUUUGGUCCGGUUCGGGCUGUUUACGAUCUACGAGUCGCCUAAGUAUCUGAUGGGGAAGGGCAGGGACGAGGACGCGGUCCGGAUCGUGCACGAGGUGGCGAAGCGGAACGGGAAGACGACCACGCUGACGGUGGCCGACCUCAAGGCCUGCGAGCCCGAGGGUUACGUUCACGAGUCGAACGUUGCGGACGCGGUCAAGCGGAAGCUCCAGGACGUCAGGCUCGACAGGGUACGGGCCUUAUUCGCGACCAGAAAGCUGGCCUUGUCGACCAGCUUGAUCAUGGUGGUUUGGGCAUUCAUCGGGUUGGGCUACCCCCUCUAUAACGCUUUCCUGCCCUACAUCCAGGCGACACGUGGCGCCGGCUUUGGGGACGGAUCGACAUACCUCACGUAUCGGAACUCGCUCAUCAUCGCCGUGCUCGGCGUCCCCGGCGCCCUGCUCGGUGGACUCCUGGUCGAGCUCCCGCGUUUCGGGCGGAAGGGGACAUUGGCGCUGUCGACCAUCCUGACCGGCGUGUUCCUGUACGCCUCGACCACCGCGCUCAACUCGCAGUCGCUGCUGGGCUGGAACUGCGCCUUCAGCUUCACCAGCAACGUCAUGUACGCCGUGCUCUACGGCUACACGCCCGAGCUGUUCCCGACUCCCCAGCGCGGCACGGGGAAUGCCCUCACUGCCACCUGCAACCGCAUCUUCGGUAUCAUGGCGCCCAUUGUCGCCAUGUUCGCCAACCUCCAAACGGCCGUGCCCGUCUACAUCAGCGGUGCCCUGUUCAUAGCCGCUGGCCUUUUGGUUCUUGUGCUGCCGUUCGAAUCCAGGGGUAAGGCCGCUUUAUGACGGCAAUCUUCAGAAUAGCUGCGCGCCUUUUUGUUUAACUACCCGAUUUCUUUAUUUCUAUAAGCAUCGCACAGCGGUAACGUUACCUUAUGCAUUUUCCGCAAGCAUUCCGUGGGCUGGGACAGUUGCCCCUGGAGUCCAUCGUUCCGGGACGGUCCUGUGGUGCGCAAACUUACCUUACACUGCUGUGCUAUAAUAUUCCCCACAAUUGGGGCGCCCACUGCUCUUGGCGCAGUGGCACGACGUUUCAACAGCCGCUGCGCGAACGGAGAACAGCACGAAUGGAGAAAAGCACGGAAGA